CGCUGUUUUUUCCUCACACAUCGACUUUCUUUCACCUGCAGAAAAUAGCAAACAUUGCGUAUUUGUCUUCUUGUCUUCUAAAGGUACUAUUUCAAAAUGAAGCAGAACUCCAAUGUCCCUGCCUUCCUUACCAAGCUGUGGACUCUGGUUGAAGAUGCUGAUACAAAUGAAUUUAUUUGUUGGAGUCAGGAGGGCAACAGUUUCCUGGUACUGGAUGAACAGCGCUUCGCUAAGGAAAUCCUUCCAAAGUUCUUUAAGCACAAUAACAUGGCCAGCUUUGUAAGACAGCUGAAUAUGUAUGGAUUCCGUAAGGUGAUGCACAUUGACACAGGCAUUGUGAAGCUGGAGCGGGAUGGGCCAGUGGAGUUCCAGCACCCCUACUUCAAACAUGGUCAAGAUGACCUGCUGGAGAACAUCAAGCGCAAGGUGUCUAACUCAAGGCCAGAGGAUGGGAAGACCAGGCAGGAGGACCUGACCAAGAUCCUGGCCAACAUGCAGAACGUCCAGGGGAAGCAGGAGAGCAUUGACUCCAGACUGGCCACCCUGAAGAGGGAGAAUGAAUCUCUGUGGAGGGAGAUAUCCGACCUGAGACAGAAACACUUGCAUCAACAGCAGCUCAUCAAGAAGUUGAUCCAGUUCAUCGUCACCCUGGUUCAGAACAACCGCAUUUUAAACCUGAAGCGCAAGAGGCCUCUCCUGAUGAGCACCAACGGGAAGAAGCCCAAAUACAUCCACCAGAUCUAUGAGGAAGACAUGGACCUCAACAAGUCCUCCGUCAACGGCAUCAACGGCUCCGAGAUUACAGACGAUGUCAUCAUAUGUGAUGUCACAGACGAGGACGCAGGGGUUGCCGAGGAGACGUCCAGAGUUCUGGAUCAAGGGGAUGUGGAGAUUAUCGAGCUGGAAUUUGACGGCGAGGUGGUCCUCCCCCCAGACGCAGAGACCCAGGCAGACGUAGACCUCCUCAGCAACGGAACCGGCACCAACUCGGAGGAGACGGCCCUGCAGACUGACUUCUGCUACAGCGGAGGAGGGCUGGGUCCAGAGGAGACCACCGCCUCCUCCUCCUCCUUCUCCAGAGAGCAGGCGGGCGCCAGUCUGCCCACCAGUAGUGCCCUGCAGCUGAACAAGUCGUCUGCCCUGAGCCUGGAGGACCCGGUCAAGAUGAUGGACUCCAUUCUGAACGAGAGCGGAGCCAUCUCCCAGAACAUCAACCUGCUGGGAAAGGUGGAGCUCAUGGACUACCUGGACAGCAUUGACUGUAGUCUAGAGGACUUUCAAGCCUUGCUUUAUGGAAAACAGUUCAGCAUUGACCCAGACCUGCUGGAGGAGACCGACGUCUCGAAAGGGAACCUAGAGCAGCUAGCCAGAGCACACAACACAGAGGAGACACCAGCCGACAAGCAGCUGAUCCAGUACACCUCCAGCCCCCUGAUGGCCUUCCUGGACGGCUGCGCCCCCCUGCCCUCCGACACAGACGCCCUCCCAGGCCUGGCGGGCGAGCUGGAGCUGGAGUCAGACAGCCUGCUGGCCCAGCCCCUCCUCUCCGACCCUUCAAGCUCCCCCCUGGGGGAGCAGCCCUCCACAGACCUGCUAGAGGCCAGCCUGGACACAUCCAGCCCCCCCCGCAGCUCGCUCAUCCGUCUGGAGCCCCUGACGGAGGCUGAGGCCAGUGAGGCCACGCUCUUCUACCUGUGUGAACUCCCCCUCCAGGGGACUGGCACGGACCCUACCCAGCUGGAUGUGUGAGCCAAUGAGGAGCCUCGGGGUGGGUGAGGAAACAGGGGAAGGCGGGUCCUUGUCCUGGACGAGGAAGUUCCUUCACUGACGUGUGUUGAAGGCCUGGACGUGGCUUGGUCAGUGCCCAGGGUAGCAGCCCCCUGGAGAUGGUGCUGGUGAGGAAGAAGAGUCGAAGGAGAAGAAAAGGACUGAACCUUUUGUAUAUACUCAUCAAAAUGAUGAUUUACUGUUUGCUUGUAUCUUACUUUGGUACAUAACCUACAUUUCAAUUCACUCUCUGCACACACACAACAAUCAUACAAUAACACACACAACAUACACACUGACAAGUGGAAGGUACAGAACCACUUAUUCCAUCCUUUAUCAGUUGGCGGCCCAGUAUCCCUCCGCCAGUGUAGUGUAAUGUGCUUCCACGGUGAAAAGUAGAGCUGUGACUACCGAGGAGAGGUGUUGAUAAUGAUCAUAGGUUGUCUUUAUGUUCCAUUAUCUCUUCUAAAGAAGUGUUUCUUUUGAGUUUUCUGCACAUAAUGGUCAUAUAUGUUAAGGAAGACUGCUGUCCUUAUUCUACGAGAACAGAAGUGCUUGCAUUGGAUCUCCCACUGUAUUUAUCUAUAAACUGUCUCCACAAUUCCAGCUACAUUUGUGUAACAUACUGGUGUGUGAAAGUUCACUUGUAUAAUUACACUGGUGUGAUUCAGCCUCUGUGAGCUUCUUGUCAGUUUAUAGGCUUGGCAAUAAAACAUGUUGAGUUAUGAAAU